AGUCAAGGAAUCACAGAAGAAGAAAAUUUUAGAGGCAAAUCUAAAAACGAAAAAGAAAAGCAAAAGAAUGAGUUGUGCAGUAGUUUCAGGUUCCGAAACCUGCUUUCACUUCUGCUCGAAACCCGACAAACCCACCAAAAAUUGCAUUCCUGAAACAGUUUCAAGCGUUUCCUUCGGUUCACAGUUGACAAAAUCAAGAAUUCAAAUCAAAACUCCACUUGGGAUUUCCAGAAACAAAAGGUGCAGAGCCAGUUUUAAGGCAUUUAAUUCAUCAACGCAAAGCACAGACAGUUUCUAUGAUUUGUUGGGAAUUACAGAAAGUGGAACAAUUGCUGAUAUAAAGAAAGCUUAUAAACAAAUGGCAAGAACAUAUCAUCCUGAUGUGUCUCCACCAGAGCGUGUGGAUGAAUACACCAGGAGAUUUAUAUUGGUUAAAGAGGCUUAUGAAACCCUUUCUGAUCCACACACCAGAGCUCUGUAUGAUCGAGAUUUAGCUAGUGGAAUGGGCUUCAAUUUCUCUGCUGGAAGAGGAUAUGAAUAUAACCAGAGAUCGGAAGAGAGACAUGGGGAGUGGAAAAUGAGGUGGCAGUCUCAAUUGAACGAUUUGAAGCAAAGAAAAACAAAUUCCGGAGAAAGAAUGUCUUGGGGAGCUCGAAUGCGAAGCCGAAGAUGAAAGCUGUGUAUUAGACUAUGAUAAUUUUUUCUUUUUCGAUUUUAGUGUCCCUAUGUAUAUUCUGAACUUUCUUGUUUUUACUAAUGAAAUAGUUAUUCACUUGAGUUUA